AUGGCUAAGGAGAACAGUAGUAGCGAGGAGAGCAGUAGUAGCGAAAUAGCACAAAUAGAUUUUGAUCUUGAAGUUCUUCGAAGUGAAGACCCACCCAUUCACAUAGCCAUGAAUCCUAAAUUGCUCGAAGCAGCAAGAUCAGGAGACAAAACAAUUCUAGAUGAAUUAUUGCAACAAAAGGAUUUUUCUUUUGGAGCUUUGAUGGGAGAGAUCAAAAUAACAGUUCCGGAGGAUGCUAUAAUACAACAAGAUACCAACUGCCUCCUUGGAGCAACAUCAGAGGGGAACACAGCCCUCCAUAUAGUUGCUAGUCGAGGAUAUCUAGAGCUUGCCAAGGAGAUUUGCAACAAAGAUAGAUCUCUUUUGGCAGCACCGAACAUGAGGCAUGACACUCCACUACAUUGCGCUGCAAGAGCUGGGAAUGACAAGAUGGUCUCCCUCUUCAUCGAGUUAAUUCAUCAGAUGGAUAGCAUCGAAGCGAGGAGAGUGCUGAGGGCGACGAACAAGAACAAGGACAAUGCAUUGCAUGAGGCUGCCAAAUAUGACCACAUGUAUGUGGCCGAAGUACUGAUGAAGGAGGAUGCUGACCUAGCAUCUAUGCUGGAUAAUGCCGGCAUGUCUCCACUUUACCUAGCUAUUGUGAUAGGGUCUCUCAAUGUAGCCAAAGCAUUGUUGAGGUCUUCCUCCUGGGUGAAAGCUUCUCCAACAUAUUAUGCAGGCCCGAAUGGUGAAACGGCAUUGCAUCAAGCAGUGUGCAUAAGUCAAGAAAUUACAAAAGAAAUAUUGCAACGGGAGCCAGAUAUCACCAAAGUUGCUGAUUUGGGGGGCGGAAUUCCACUUCAUUUUGUAGCUUAUAAUGGUGAUCGUGACACGGCAAAGUUAUUAUUAGAGCACGAUCCUUCUACAGCCAACGUAUCAAAUGCCAAUGGCUUCUGUCCCAUACACGUUGCAGCUAGGAGUGGCAAAAUUGGCGUGGUUGACCAGAUUUUACAACAGUGCCCGGAUGCAGAUGAAUUAUUAGACAAGGAGGGAAAAAAUUUUCUUCAUGCUGCUUUCCAAUGUAGAAAGUUAAAUGUGGUCAAGAAAAUUAUCUCCAAGAGACCAAAUCUCAGGAAGCUUUUAAAUGAUCAGGAUCACGAGGGGAAUACGCCAUUACACACGGCUGUUAAAAACAGCGAUCAAUCGAGCGUGCACUUUCUUUUGCGGGACAAAGGCGUAUCCCCCAACAUUAUCAACCAUGAUGGCUUCACCCCCCUCGACCUGGCUAUGCAAAAGAUGGAUGGAGGCAUGCAGUUCAGGCUGAAUACAACUUGGUGCAUUCUUGGAUGCUUGGCUUUUACAAAGGGUCUCUUCGGUUCACCUGUUAAAAGGGUCGUAUUCUCCAGCGAUGAGGACAAAAUGAAGCCAUCUGGCGAUGAUAAGGUCAAAGAAAAUUCAUCCAGCGGCGAGAAAACGGAAACGAAGGUAAGGCAGGAUGAAGAAUUACAGAAAGAGCUGGAUGUAUCCAAAAAUUUGGUGAUCGCUACGGUGUUGAUUGCUACAGUCACAUUUACUGCUCGCCUCACUGUCCCUGGGGGGUACAUAGCCGAUGAUCACCCAGACCGUGGCACAGCAGUUCUAUCUAAAGAGAAUGCUUUCAAAGUGUUUCUAGUCUCAGAUGCCUUGGCGUUCGUUUGCUCCAUCUCAGCCACAUGCUGGCUCCUCUUUGCAGGAACGUCGACAGUUGACAAAUAUACUCGCAGACGAGCCCUGUCAUUCGCUUCGCUGUGUCUAUGGGUGGCAUUCAAUGGCAUGUCCACUGCAUUCGCUACGGGUAUAUAUGCAACGGUGGCUCAUAGCUGCAAGCGCAUCAGCUUUCUUUCAUGCAUAACUCCUCUUUGUGCUUUUGCAUUGUCAACGGAUAACGUAUUUAAUGUGAUGAAAACUGUAGGAAUCAGGCAAGGUACAGACAUUGGAUUUGGCCAACCGCCAUAUACCCGCAUGUUGAAAAAACUCUUCGUCCUGAAUUGCUGCCCCUCAGAGCUGCAGGAGUCAUGUAUUUAUCGGUCGCUAUUAUUAUUGUCUGCCUAUUAGUAGAAUUGGGAGAAGCGCUUGUCAGAAUGCACGGCAAAUAGAUGCCCAAAGAAUGGCAUGUAUGUUUCAUUAAGAACAAUAUCUUAGUUA